CGCUGAAGAGGCUGGCUUUUGAACCAUGCUCCAGCCUGAGUCCCGGGACGGCACAGAGGCACAUCUUUAAGUUAGGGGGGGCCUGAGCUAAAGCCUGGAGGCUUGCUGCUACGUUCGGGACAGAAGGAGCGAGCGAGGGAGGGGGUGGGGGGUAGGGGGGGGCGAUGAGCCGCUCAGACCGCAGGGACAAAGACAGAGCCAUGAAAAGGGAUGAUUCCUGAGCACCGCAAGUCGAUGAAAUCUCAACACAACUGGCACGCUAAACCCUAACCAGAGAGAAGACCAGCACAAACCCACAACUGCUGUCAGAGCAGGGAGGCCUGGAGGGAGCCCCAGUAGCUGUCCAUCAAUCCAUCCAGCCAGGCAGCAGCGAUGCAGGGGCUGAUCUGGAGCCUGUGCGCCUUGCUCUGCCUCUCUCUGUGGGAGGAAAGUCACGGCAGGAGCUCAAGGGAGGUCCGGAGAACCAAAGAGCUGUCCCUCCACAGGACCAAGAGGGCUGCUCAGGAUCCAGAUGCCAAAAAGUGUUCCUACACUUUCCUGGUCCCGGAGCAGAGAAUCACAGGUCCAAUCUGUGCCAGCACCACAGGCCCUGAGCCAGACAAAGACAGAGUGACCCGGAUGGACAUCGCAGAUGUGCGCGAGGUUCUCAACAAACAGCGGCGCGAGAUAGACACGCUGCAGCUGGUGGUGGAGGUAGACGGAAACUUAGUGAAUGAGAUGAAGCUGCUGCGGAAGGAGAGCAGGAACAUGAACUCCAGGGUGACCCAGCUCUACAUGCAGCUGCUGCAUGAGAUCAUCAGGAAAAGAGACAACUCUUUAGAGCUGGCCCAGCUGGAGAACCGCGUCCUGAACGUGACUUCGGAGAUGAUGCGACUGGCGUCGCGGUACAAAGAGCUGGAGUCCCGGUUUGCCACCAUGGCCGGGGUGGUCAACAACCAAUCCAUUCUCAUCGCUGCUCUGGAGGACCAAUGCAUGAGGGCGAUGGGACGGAGCGAGCUGCCCCCAGUUCCUCCACUGGUGCAGGUGGUGCCGGAAAACAUACCCAUCGACAACCGCUUCACCAACGAGAUCGUGAGGAACAAUCGGGCCUUCCUCAGAGACUCGCGCAUGGAGCCUCCCACUGCUAGCCCCUUUGGGAUUGACCCCCCACCACCCCAAGGAACAAUCACCUCUGACGGACCUUUCAAGGACUGUUACCAGGUGCGACGGGCAGGUCAUACCACCAAUGGUAUGUACCUGCUCAAGACCGACAAAAGUGAUCGCCUGAUCCAAGCCUGGUGUGAUCAUAGCCUUGACAACGGGGGGUGGACGGUGUUGCAAAAGAGGAAAGACGGCUCUGUCAACUUCUUCCGGAACUGGGAGAACUACAAGAAAGGGUUUGGCAACAUAGACGGUGAACACUGGCUUGGGCUCGACAAUAUCUUCAACCUGGCGAAACAGGGCGACUACAAGCUGAUGGUAGAGCUGGAAGACUGGACAGGGAAGAAGGUGUAUGCCGAGUACAGCAGCUUUUAUCUCGAACCUGAAAGCGAAGGUUAUAAGCUGCGGCUUGGGACCUACCAAGGAAACGCCGGGGACUCCUUCAGCAGCAACAACGGCAAACCGUUCACCACACUCGACCGUGACAGGGACGAGUUCUCUGGAAACUGUGCACACUUCCAUAAGGGGGGCUGGUGGUACAACGCUUGUGGUCAGACCAAUCUAAAUGGAGUUUGGUACAGCGGAGGAGUUUACCGCAGCAAAUUUCAGGACGGGAUCUUCUGGGCGGCCUACGGAGGGGGCUUUUACUCUCUAAAGUCUGUCCGUCUCAUGAUCCGGCCAAUCGACUGAGACUUGUGGUUCAACCUCGCUAGAUCGUCUUCUACCCAUAAAUAAAUGAUAUAAAAAAGGUAGAGUCAGGCAUCUCCGCCAUAAUGUAACAGAACCAAGUAAAAGACAGCUGAGAGCCGUCUGUCUAUUGCCAGACAAUAACAACUCCUACAGACGGCUAAAACGAAGACAGAUCAUAUUGCCUUCCUUAAGUAAUUGCUGUCCUAUGAGGCUGGGCAGUAAUGGGCCAUAAGUCUCCCUGAGACCGUUCAGUAUUACUCUAAUGUGUCUCACUUGAUUGUGUCUUUUCAAGACAGAGUAUGUAAUAAAGGAAAAUGGUCAUUUAGUACAGAUAUGAGGUUUCUUUUGAGCAGCUAAUGACUUAUUGAAAGUAGUGCUUCUCACAGCAAGUGGCACCGAAUAUUAAUGCAACACCCUGCUAAUGAGCAAUGGGAAUUGAUGCCAUUUUUAAUAUGAAUUGUUAAAAUGCCUAAAAGAAAAUCUAAUCAAGGAGGACAGACUUUAAUUUACUGUCAAAUUGUUUGUAGAGUUAUCUCUUCUUGUGAGUUAAAAAAAAAAAAAGUAUCCAAAAGAAAGUGAACUCCUCGGUUUGCGUGCUUGUCAAUUGUGCAAAAGGCUAAGCUGGCUUUAGUAUGUAAAUAUUGUUGGCUUUAAUUGUUUAAUUUAAAAAAAGUAGUAUUCGACUCAGGCCUAAUGUUCACAUUGUUGCCACUCUGCUAUUCUUUGUUAUUUAUCAGUGUAUUUAUAGCAACUGUAGUCGUUCCUGACAACUUAAUAUCUAUUCUUGAUACAGUACCAAUGUUCAUAUGUUUUUAUCCCAUGUAGAGGCCCAUUAGAAACCUUUGAACAGCAGUACAUAGGGGAAAAUAAGAAGAGUAGGUCUGUGUGACAGGUGGAUGGAAAACAUGAUGUGAACUUACAGCCCUCUGAGAAAAAAAAAUUAAACAGUUUUAAAAAAA